CGAUGAAGAUACUGGAGACCUCUGGAAAAUCAUGAAAAUUUGAUCUCAGAUUACUGUAAAAUUUAAAUUCAUUUCUUUCGUGAACGUUCAUUAAGAUUGACUUAAAAUUAUGGCAACAGCAGCAAAAGUCUCAGCACAGUCGCUAAAUGCACGCUUUCAGAUGUUUCGAAGCAAGAUGCAGGAGAACUUGUCGAAUUUAUCAGAAAAUGAUAAAGUUCUAGCAAUCAAGUGGGUCGACAAGCUCAGUGGAUUUUCAACAAAAAUGUCAGAUUUGGAGCUAAGGAACAACAUAAUUAUGUAUCUAGUCUUUCAAAGUACAACAGGCAAGUUGACAGCACCAUUUAAUGUUCCACCAAACUUCUCGUCACUUGACAAAGUGGGUCCAAUUCCAGACAUGAGCAAGGAAGACAUUUUUCCUGACGACUUAAAACUGCCAUUAAUAAUGCAAAAUUCUCCAGAUCAUGGUGCAUUUUUGGUCUCACAGCCUAUACCAAAAUGCGGUGCCUUCGCUUAUAUUGCUAUUGUCUCACGUCCAGCCAAUAAAUGAAAUUAUUUAAAGUACUAACCUUGCUGUUCCUUUUGAGAUAUUC